CAUACAUAAUUAAACUCUUUAAAUUGAGAUAAUUGAAAUAAUCUAUUAAAAUCAUUCUAGUUUUAAAAAGAUUAAUAAUACUGAAUGCAUUUUUAUGUACCACAACUAAUACCCAGUAAAUCUUUUAUUUGUGCUGUAAUUAUAAUAACCCAGUAACAUUCCGUUUUAAAAUUCACUUGUAAAAAAUUUGGUAAUACCCAGCAGAUCUUUGCUAACUACCAGAUUUAUAAGAUGCCAUCAUUUUCUAUCAAAAUUCAAUAACUUGGAAAACAACAAGAUAUAAAAUAUGCAGUAAUCAGAAUAAUCAGUUUUUCAUAAACUGUUGCAGUAUUCUUUUAAGCUCAGGGAAUAAAGUCAACCAUUUUCUUAAAAACUGUUUUGUAACUUUUUAAAAUAAAUUUUCAGCAAAGUGAUGCAUAAACCAAAAAAACAACUGGUUAUCUUAAAUAGUAUAACUGUUAUGCACAUAGUCAAAAAUAUUAGCCAAUGGUACUGUUCAGCAAAACAGAUGCCAAAAGCCUAUUAAUAUGGAAGCCGGUCGGUCUAUAGGUAAAAUAGGCACAACAACUGUUGUUUAGCAUUUGCCUAUCUAACACAACAAGAUAUGGUUGCAAUUCCGAUUUAAGAUCCUCUUCACAGCUUCGCACCUGGUGUAACCUGCAGGCUGCACAGGCUUUACAUGAAACGCAAUGUUUGCUGCUGCAGUGAAUUAAAUCUAAACAUUACUGCCUUAAGCUGGAUUGUUUACUUAAAGGAAUAAAGGUCGAAUUAUUGAUUGCAGAUUUUAAUUGCAUUUUCAAUAUUUCUUUUACUUACUGCCCAAUGACAUCUUCCACUUUUUCAUUCAUUCAAUAAAAAUGCAUUUUCUGGUUCUUUAAAAAUUUGUUUGGUCAUAAUAAAAUUCUUUGUCAUUUAUUGCUAUGACCCUUUGCUUGGAAAAUUCAAUUUCAAACAAUGCUUCGCAAUCUUGAAACUUUUUUAAUUGCCUCUUACAUCUAAGAACAGUUACAAAUUGGUGUGUUAUCUGAAAAAAAUCUUUUUUGUUGUCUAGAGAACGGUGACAACCAGUUUGAGUGCUUUUUCAAAUAAAAAUUCUUUAAAAUGAAAUGAAAAUCAACAUACAUCAUAAAAGCGCUGCUAAUGCCUUCAAACUGAUCGCCCCCACCUAUUCUUGUUGUAUCAGUUUGUAUAUAUUAGACAGCAUAUUCCCAGACCUCAGUAGGAUGCCAAAUGAGGAAUGGUUUCCUGCCUGUAAGUGGGCAAACAACAUCUCUUGACAUUCAGAAUGCUAACCUCGAUACUAGUGGCAUUUGUUUCUGUUUCCCAUCACUUGGUUGCCUCAGAGUGUUGCUCAUUAUAAGAAUAAACUACGUUAUUCUCCAGCUUAAGUUUGCGUGGAUUUGGAUAUAUUGGACACCCAACGCAAGCAAGUGCGGGCAGAAUGAUUGGUUUGGGUAAUUCUGAGCAAAGUCAAAGGUUCAGAGACCCAGAAACCCGUGAAUCAUUGCGGCACGAACGCAAAGUUGCUGCAAGAAGAAUUCAACGGGGCAGCAAAAAAAGAAAAGCAUCAACAGCAUCUGAGACUGGACAGGAUCUCCGGAGAAAGAGCAGCACCCCAUCAAUGUUCAAAGCACCCAGUCCAACUUUACUGGAUAAUGCUCAAAUAAUGGUGGACAAAUUAGACCCAAGUCAGUGUAUUCCUAACGAAGAUAAAGAUGCCUGGAAACUCAACAAUCAAGUCCCCGAAGCUUAUCACCUUGUGUCAGUUCCAGAUGAUGAUCAGGUUGCCCUGUUACCACCCUCCUCUCCUAGCAGUCCUGUGACCAAGUCUUUCCCGAGAAUCGGCCCAGACGACGAUGCUCCAAACCAGGACGACUCACAGCUGCAGGGGAACACUGAGUAUGAGUGCUGUGAACGUGUAAUCAUCAAUGUAAGUGGUCUGCGCUUUGAAACACAGCUCAAGACCCUUAGCCAAUUUCCAGAGUCACUGCUAGGAGACCCAGCCAGAAGAAACAGGUACUAUGACCCCCUGAGAAACGAAUACUUUUUUGACAGAAACAGGCCUAGCUUUGAUGCCAUAUUAUAUUAUUAUCAAAGUGGAGGAAGACUACGGAGGCCUGUCAAUGUACCUUUGGAUGUAUUCUCAGAAGAAAUCAAGUUCUAUGAAUUAGGAGAAGAGGCAAUCACAAAAUUCCGAGAGGAUGAGGGUUUCAUCAAAGAAGAGGAGCGAGUGCUUCCUGAAAACAAAAUACAGCGAAAGAUCUGGUGUCUUUUUGAAUACCCAGAGACAUCCCUUGGAGCACGUAUUAUUGCAAUUUUCUCAGUAUUAAUCAUUUUGUUAUCCAUUGUUAUAUUUUGCCUGGAAACUCUACCUGAAUUCAAACACUACAGGGUUGUUAAUACAACCAUCAAUGGCACUGGGCAUACUCUGGAGGAGGAUGACAUACCAAAAUUCAGUGAGCCAUUCUUUAUUAUAGAGACAGGGUGCAUAGUAUGGUUUACAUCUGAGCUACUUGUAAGAUUUGCUUCCUGCCCAGAGAAAUUGGGCUUCUUUAAAGACAUCAUGAACCUUAUAGACAUAGUUGCCAUCAUCCCUUAUUUCAUUACACUUGGCACAGUGAUUGCAGAUGAACAGGAAACUCCAGAACCUCAGAAGAAGCAACAGAACAAUCAAGCAAUGUCAUUAGCAAUCUUGAGGGUGAUCAGAUUGGUAAGAGUUUUCAGAAUAUUCAAACUAUCCAGACACUCAAAAGGAUUGCAAAUUUUAGGACAGACUCUAAAAGCUAGUAUGAGAGAAUUGGGUCUGCUCAUUUUCUUUUUAUUCAUUGGAGUCAUACUCUUCUCUAGUGCUGUGUACUUUGCAGAAGCGGACUCAGAUGCAUCACACUUCAAGAGUAUACCAGAUGCAUUCUGGUGGGCUGUUGUGACAAUGACCACUGUAGGUUAUGGUGAUAUGAGGCCUAUAGGUGUGUGGGGAAAGCUGGUUGGUUCUCUGUGUGCUAUUACUGGUGUGCUAACAAUUGCACUCCCAGUCCCUGUUAUUGUUUCCAACUUCAACUACUUCUACCACCGAGAGACUGAAAAUGAAGACAAGCAGCAAGCAUAUGUACAUGUUCAGUCUUGCCCCAACUUCCCAAGAAGAAAAACUGCUUCAUCGGAUGCAUCAGAUCAUGAGGAUGAUGAGGAAUCAGACAUAAUGGAAAUGGAAGAGGGUAUGGCAUUGACUACAGGUUUGGACAAACAGACAAAACAAAACCAUGCCAAUCUCUCCAAUGAUGCUAAUAACAUGAGCAUUGAAACUGAUGUAUGACUAGGAUCGUAAUUGGGAACUUUGGGAUUAUGUCUUAAUUUGCAUUAUGUUGGUUGACUUCUGCUUGACAGUUGAUUCAAGUUCAGUUGAUUACAUGUUCUUUAUUUAGGUUGGUUAAUGAGAGAAGUCAACAUACAUGUAUGCUGUUAAUUUGAAGUAUCUGGCUAUUUAAAAUAGCUAAAAGAUAGUAUUGAUGCUAACAGUGGGAUGGGAUGUUAAAAUUUUAUUAAUGCAAAGUUACCCCCUUGUCAGUAACAUUUUUGACAGAUAUAACUUCAAAUUAAUCACUUUUCUCCUUAUAAAGACAGUUACCUUUAUUGUGCACAUAUGCAAGAAUUUGACUCAUUUCGAAUGAACAAUUGCCUGACUGCUCCCCAAUUUUGAUGCACAAAUGAAAGUGAUAUUGAAACUUUGAAUUGAAAAAAAAAUGCUCUGCAGCCAAAUAGGACACUGACUACAGUAACCCCUUAUGUUACAUGGGAAAAGUCUUCAUGAUUUGAUAGUAUACACAUACAGAUACACUGUUUUUUUGCUUUGCAAACAGCACAUAAUUGCACAUUUACUUCAAUGGAAGGUGGUCUUCGGUUGUCUAUCGGUAGUUCUUAAUCCUAUUUCCAUGGAUUUAUCAGUAAUUACACAAAAGCCUACAGGCCUUACAGCAACGGUAUGUGAAAUCUCUAAUGACUGGAUCGAUGCAGUUGAUUUCCUCUAGAGCCCUGAGUAUGGAACUUGCAAGACACAGAGAGCUAGAGACAGCCUGGUUAUCAUCCUGCUCAGCCUAUCCAUACAAACUGAAUUAAGAGACCCCAUGAUGCUAGGCCCAACUCCACCAUCAUCACACCAAGUAUGAAGGUCCCAAAGUCCAUGCAAUAAAGGUCACUAACUGACUAAAUCCAACAGGAUUUUGCCCAUGGGUAAAAUGCCCUGAUAAUGCACACCUUACUACCAACCUUACAGUGAAGUGAAAUUGGCAAAGAAGAUUGAUGCCAUGGACUUCAUGUUUCUGCCGAUCAUGGAUUAUGGAGAUGACUGUUGGCAAGAAUGAUAUCAAUAAGACAUGCCAUACUAAGUGCAUAGAUUAAUUUUAAAAAAAUCUGAAAUUAUACAUCUGCUGGGAUGUAGCACUCUAUUGAAACAAGGUAGUCUAUGGAAGAUUAAUGGUUGUGGCAGACUAAAAGCAGCGAUGGUACAGGUGAAAGAAAUGGCCCCAACAAUGGUGUAUUCUGAAGAGACAAUGUCACAGGACCAAGUGUGCUGUCCUUUGAUACCAUAAGGAGGGCAACUACUUUAUGGUAACAAACACCAAAAAA